AUGUUGUCUCCAACUCCGAGGCAUUCUCCGAUUCCCCCUUCGAAUGGGCCUACAAUUCAUGUGACUCAAUCCCCUACAGCUGCGAUUCAUUCUCAAGAUUCAUCAAUUGAUCCAUCAUAUACUUCCUCUUUCAAUUCCAUCUCAAUUUCAGCCUCUGAAUGUGAAUCAUUAUCCGAUUCCUUUUCCGAUUCCACCUCCGAAUCGGCCUAUGCUUCAUUUCUGACUCGUACCCUAAUUCGUAGUCCGAUUCAUCCCCUGAUUCACCCCUCAAUUCACUCAUUGUUUAAUCUCUCCAUUCAGUCUCCAUCUACACUUCUGACUCACAGCAAAAAAAAAACAGAAUGGCGAAUUGAGGCGUUUCGUCGAGUCGUUGUCCCACGGCUCUGUCCCCACAGGCUGGCUACCGCUCGGCCCAACUUUCCACAGGUUUGGGAUGACUCAUUGCCUCGUCUCACUCAACCGGUGCAACCACGUCUCUCAACUGUCACACACACACACACACACACACACACACACACAAACAGCAAUCUUCGGGCCCAGAUCUCGACUCACAUGCAGACUGUCGACAAUGCCACAGUCAAGGCAGACCAAUCUGAGCUGGCCACCAGAUCCGCCGUCAUCCGUGCCGUGGCACAAAGCCGAGUCAAGUGUUCAGCACCAAUCAGAAGUCGACAUUUAGAUUACGUAAAUAUGAAGAAAUGUGACGCCUCGGCCCAUCUUUCCACGGCCGAGGCACUCUGCUGCUUGUCGCGCUCUACUCACAGCGUCGUGCUGCCGCGCCCCCGACAGACGCCUGCCGGAGAGGUCUAUCACUCGUGGAAAGUGGUGAGCACAAGGAAGUCGGCUGCGUCACUGCGUCACAGUUUCUGCCACCCAACCAGCUCUGCCGACUCGAUCUUGCUCCAGUUACCGGUUCUCGUGCGCCCAGCCACGGGUCGUUUGAACUUUCGGCGUAAAAACCGAAGAUAUGUGGUCGCAAUCUGCUUUGGUUGUACAAAAGUGGUUUGA